AUGGACAUCCUCCUCCUGUUGAUGCUGCCCUUCUGGGCUGCACAGACAACUCAGCUUUGUGACUUGUUCUUUGGGACUUUCAGCCAUAUGUUUGGGGUUGUUUUCAAGCUCAACUACUACUGUGGGAUCUUUCUGCUGGUUUGCAUCAGUCUUCAAAACUAUCUGUCAUCCAUCCAUGGCAUCCAGUUAUAUUCCCACGGGAGGCGCUGGUUAGUUCACAUCAGCUGCCUGUUAGUCUGGCUUAUCUCUGUCCUCCUCACUGCACCUGACUGGAUUUUCCUGGUGGGUAAAAAUAAUUACACAGAAGAUAAUACUUGUGUUAAUAUUUACCCUCAAUCUGGAACUGACUGGCAGUUGUGGUCACGCCUGCUCCACCACAUAUUUGGCUUGGUGCUACCUGGACUCAUGUUGAUGAUCUUUUGCUCACAUAUGCUACGGUGGCAGUGCAGCUGUAAUGGCCUCCCAAUCCCGAGAAAUGUCACCGUCAUCCUGUCUCUGGUGGUCGUAUUCUGUCUGUGUUGGAUGCCGUACAACUUCAUACUUGUUUUGGACACUCUCCAGAACAGACUUCGGGAUCCUCCUAACGAUUCACAGGAAGGUUCUGAAAGUUCACUAAAAACCCUUCUCAUGGUCACCUCUGCGUUAGGCUGCCUUCACGCCAGCCUGAGGCCUCUGCUGUAUCUCGGCCUGUGUGGAAACUUCAGGCAACACUUACUGGCCAUGCUGAGAUGUAGUAAAACUGAACCAAAAGGCUCACUCUGGGAUCUUGGUGUAGGCCAGAGACAGCAGCCUGAUCACGGUCAGGAUCAACAGCAAGAGCUGGAACGGAUGAUGGCUGUAGAGAAUCUGUUAGCUUAGUGAAGAUNAACAGAUUUUGACUCAGAUGUAAGUAGAACAACUUUACACUCCUGAGAGGAAGUGAAUUCAGUUUCAUGUCAUGAGUUCAAGGGCUGGAGGAUGUUAUUCUGUGUAACUGACAAACAGAUGUUUAUAUAUAAAAAUGACUCUCACAUUCCACACAUGCAUCAUGGUGACAUAUGCUCACCCAAAAGGGUUAAAAGUAGAUAUCUGUAAGUAUCUGUAUGAUGAAGACGAUGAGCUGAAACAGAUGAUGGGUGUAGAGAACCAGUCAGUUUAGGGAAGAUGAACAGAGAAACAUACUCUCAUGUGAUCAUGAUGAUGUUACUGUCAUGGUACUGGUUCAUUGUCCCACAGCUUUGAGUUUAUUUAGGUCCAUGACGUAUUUUGUAGAAUGUGUUUUUGCAGUGUUUGGUCUUGUUCUUUCUUUAUAGAGUUAUUGCUAUUCUUAUGUUCAGUUUGAAGCCCUGAUGUCUAUUGAUUUUUUUUUCCUUUCGGGUCCUGUUUGCCUUGGUAAUGCCUCUGCGUGUCCUCCUCAGUAUCUCCUGCGUUAUUUGGCCACCCAGUAGAGUCUGUCUUGUCUUGUUUAUUUGCCCGUUUCCACAGGCAUGUGGGCAUCUGUGUGUGUGUCUGGUUUCCCUCACCCUCUCUGUCCCUCACUCUCACCCUCGUUCUGUGUCUCCCUAGUCGUGUCUCUGAGUUUCGUCUCCCUUUGCUUACAUGUUCUUGCCUGGGUCUCUAUGUGAGUGUCACUUGUUGUUUUAUUUUGACAGUACCUUAUCUCAUGUGUGUUAUGUUCAGUUUGGCUUCCCUUGUUUUGUCAGAUUUGUUCCUGAUGUCUUUCCACCUGUUGUCCAUCCUCUCCUAAUCCGGUGUAUUUAAGUCCUCAGAUUGUUUCUGUUUGUUGUCCGUCUUUGUGUUGGUCCUCCUGUCAUGGAGCCUGAGGGGCAGCACUGAUAGUCGCCAGUAUUUUUACAUCUUGAUUUCACUGUUGUAGCAUGAGUACUGGGAAUGUCCAGACAGGAGACCGGAUGACAACAGCAUGUAGUGUUGUUUGUUUUUGUUGGCAGAUUUUAAUCCUGCUCUAAAUGUGUCUUAUGCUUAAAACUGAUUCACAAAUAUUUUAAAAAGAAUUAUAGUGGAAUAGUCUUUAACCUGACUAGCAAUAAAAUAAGUUUGCAUUUAAAAUGUUUACUUUUCUUUUGUUUACAUAGCAGAUUUUUGCUCAAAAUGUGUGCUUAUGUCUGAAACAUUUUUUCUCAUUUUGCACAUAUUACACUGCACAUUUCUAAGAUUUUAUAUUUUUUUAAAGUGUUAAGUCUUUUGUUUGUUUGGGGGUUUUUUUGUUUGUUUGUUUCGUUUUUUACAGCUCAGCAAAUUAAGAUUCAGAAACUCACUAACAUACAACCAAAACACCUUUUAGAUCAAUAAUGGCAUUUUCAAAUUACAUGCAUUAUUAUUAUGUCACUUAAAUUAAGUGGAAACGCUGUUAUGUGCUUUGUGUUUUACAACCCUACAUUCUUGUUUAAGAUAACCUCAGAGAAGCUAUAAGUCAGGAAAGGUAGCUGUCGUAGCUGUGUUUGCACGCUGCAAAGUGGCUCUACUUUUAGCAUCACACCUGCCACCAUUUCCUUCAGAAUGCACUGUCAAGAUUCUUUCUGUGUCUCUAAUAUAUCUCUUAUAUCUUCUGCAGAUAUGCUUUGAUGUUAAUUAUUUUCUAUAUACCAAAAUGUAUCAAAUAAUAAUAAUUGUGAAAUAAAAGGAAAAGGAUACAUAAUGUUCAAUGUGUAAUGUGUAUUUCUUUUCAGGGUCCACAACCAGCCUGAUAAAACUGUGUUCUUUUAGCUGGAAACAAAGUAAAGCUCUUUGUUUUUCUUGGUGAAUUUUUUAUUUUAGAAAAUUGCAUGCGUGCAAAAGAGCCCCAGGUUGGUACUGUCCCAUGUCUAGACACGAUGGGACAAGUGCAUCAGGGUAUUUGGCAUUUAAACAAAACAAACAAGUUUAAAAACAAAAACAAAAACAGCCAUAUCAAAUACGCAGAUACACUUGCUGUUAUGGCCCUUUAGGAAAUAAGAGUGUGGGAAAAUACCAUAUAUAGUGUAAAAAAAACUCCCUGACACAAAGUUUGGAGCUGAGAUGUUCUGGGUAUGAUGAUGGAAAGAGAAACCUCAGAAGAGGUUGUUAUUUUUUUUAAUCUUCUGUACCUUGUAGCUGACAUCAGGUCUGGCUUGAUUACAGAAUUAUGUCAUUUUAUUACACCUCAAAUUAUUUUUGAGGGGAUUUCCUUACUCUUUUACUUAGAAUGGUGAAAGUGUAGUCAUACAAACGAGGUGGAGGAGGGUCAAACAUUACAGUAAGAAAGUAAAGGCUCAGAUGAGGACGUACCAGCUUUUGAGCCUGAAAAGAGGGAACACGAUGGCCUCCAAAGUCCAUUGUGGGUAAGAAGUAGUGUACAAGCUAGGGCUCUGAAGUUGUGAAAUUUGGUUUCUCAACUGGCAUAUACACACUGACCUGUGCAGGGAGUCAAUCCG